UCAGCUCAGCUCAGCUCAGCUCAGCGCGGCGCAGCUCCGCAGCCGCCAAGCCGAGACCCGCACGGAAUCCUGGUCGGCGGCUCCGAGCUCCCGCUCCCCGCCCGCGCUCCGCCUGGUCUCGCUUCCACGGGGACCCCUUCGGGCAGGAGUCGCGUGGCGAGGGCCGGCGGCAGGGGCACAAAGUUGGACGCCCGCGAGGAUGAGGCUGUCCCCGGCGCCCCCGAGGCUGAGCCGGAGUCCGGCGCUGCUGGCCCUGGCACUGCCCCUGGCCGCGGCGCUGGCCUUCUCCGACGAGACCCUGGACAAAGUGCCCAAGUCGGAGGGCUACUGCAGCCGCAUCCUGCGCGCCCAGGGAACGCGGCGCGAGGGCUACACCGAGUUCAGCCUCCGCGUGGAGGGCGACCCCGACUUCUACAAGCCGGGAAUCAGCUACCGUGUAACCCUUUCCGCUGCCCCUCCCUCCUACUUCAGAGGAUUCACAUUAAUUGCCCUUAAAGAGAACAGAGAGGGUGAUAAGGAAGAAGACCAUGCUGGAACCUUCCAGAUCAUAGAUGAAGAAGAAACACAGUUUAUGAGUAACUGCCCCGUUGCGGUCACCGAAAGCACCCCACGGAGGAGGACAAGGAUACAGGUGUUCUGGAUCGCGCCACCGGCAGGAACCGGCUGUGUGAUUCUAAAGGCCAGCAUUGUACAGAAACGCAUCAUUUAUUUUCAAGACGAGGGCUCUCUGACCAAGAAACUUUGUGAACAAGAUUCCAUGUUUGAUGGGGUGACGGACAGACCAAUUCUAGACUGCUGCGCCUGUGGAACCGCCAAGUACAGACUCACAUUUUAUGGGAACUGGUCCGAGAAGACGCACCCAAAGGAUUACCCUCGUCGGGCCAAUCACUGGUCUGCAAUCAUUGGUGGAUCCCACUCCAAGAAUUACGUGCUGUGGGAGUAUGGAGGCUAUGCUAGCGAAGGUGUCAAACAAGUUGCAGAAUUGGGCUCACCUGUGAAAAUGGAGGAAGAAAUUCGGCAACAGAGUGAUGAGGUCCUCACCGUCAUCAAGGCCAAAGCUCAGUGGCCAGCCUGGCAGCCUCUCAACGUGAGAGCAGCACCCUCGGCUGAAUUUUCAGUGGACAGGACCCGCCACUUGAUGUCCUUCCUGACCAUGAUGGGCCCCAGCCCUGACUGGAACGUGGGCCUGUCUGCAGAGGAUCUGUGUACCAAGGAGUGUGGCUGGGUCCAGAAGGUGGUACAAGACCUGAUCCCCUGGGAUGCCGGCACCGACAGCGGGGUGACCUACGAGUCCCCCAACAAGCCCACGAUUCCCCAGGAGAAAAUCCGGCCCCUGACCAGUCUGGACCAUCCUCAGAGUCCUUUUUAUGACCCGGAGGGUGGGUCUAUCACUCAAGUAGCCAGAGUUGUCAUCGAGAGAAUCGCCCGGAAGGGGGAACAAUGCAAUAUUGUACCUGAUAAUGUCGAUGAUAUUGUCGCAGAUCUGGCUCCAGAAGAGAAAGAUGAAGAUGACACCCCCGAAACCUGCAUCUACUCCAACUGGUCCCCGUGGUCUGCCUGCAGCUCCUCCACCUGUGACAGAGGCAAGCGAAUGCGGCAGCGCAUGCUCAAGGCUCAGCUGGACCUCAGCGUCCCCUGCCCCGACACGCAGGACUUCCAGCCCUGCAUGGGCCCGGGCUGCAGCGACGAAGACGGCUCCACCUGCACCAUGUCCGAGUGGAUCACCUGGUCGCCCUGCAGCAUCUCCUGUGGCCUGGGCAUGCGGUCCCGGGAGAGGUACGUGAAGCAGUUCCCUGAGGACGGCUCUGUGUGCACGCUGCCCACUGAGGAGACGGAGAAGUGCACGGUCAAUGAGGAGUGCUCUCCCAGCAGCUGCCUGAUGACCGAGUGGGGCGAGUGGGAUGAGUGCAGCGCCACCUGCGGGAUGGGCAUGAAGAAGCGGCAUCGCAUGGUCAAGAUGAGCCCGGCGGACGGCUCCGUGUGCAAGGCCGACACCUCCCAGGCAGAGAAGUGCAUGAUGCCCGAGUGUCACACCAUUCCCUGCCUGUUGUCCCCGUGGUCUGAGUGGAGUGACUGCAGCGUGACGUGCGGGAAGGGCAUGCGGACCCGCCAGCGGAUGCUCAAGUCUCUGGCCGAACUCGGGGACUGCAACGAGGAGCUGGAGCAGGUGGAGAAGUGCAUGCUGCCCGAAUGCCCCAUUGACUGUGAGCUCACCGAGUGGUCUCAGUGGUCGGAAUGCAACAAGUCCUGUGGGAAAGGCCACAUGAUUCGAACCCGGACGAUCCAAAUGGAGCCACAGUUUGGAGGUGCACCCUGCCCAGAGACCGUGCAACGAAAAAAGUGCCGUAUCCGGAAAUGCCUGAGAAAUCCAUCCAUCCAGAAGCUGCGCUGGAGGGAGGCCCGAGAGAGCCGGAGGAGUGAGCAGCUGAGGGAAGAGUCUGGCGGCGAGCAGUUCCCAGGCUGCAGGAUGCGCCCAUGGACGGCCUGGUCGGAAUGCACCAAACUGUGCGGCGGCGGGAUCCAGGAACGCUACAUGACUGUCAAGAAGAGGUUCAAAAGCUCCCAGUUCACCAGCUGCAAGGACAAGAAGGAGAUCAGAGCGUGCAAUGUUCACCCUUGUUAACAAGGGUCGAAGUUUUCCGGGGCUGCAGCCUGGGUCGCACAGUCGCCGAUGGCUGGAGUGUUCGUUUGCUUGUUGUUUAAGGCAAUUUAAAUUGUAUACCUUAGUUUUCAUUUCUGCAGUGUGGCUCGCCCACCAGUCCUGUGGAUGCCAGGGACCUCCUUUCUGUCCACUUCUUGGUAGGCACAGGCGGCGUGGGGCUCCCUCAUGCCCAGCUGGCCCUCCUCCAGCACUGAAGGGAGUAGUGUCAGCCACCCUGUCCUGGAUGGAAACGUGUCCCUCUGGAGCACCCACCUGGGCAGCGGGCAGCAGACAGCAGACAGCAGCCCGGCCCCCUCCACCGGGAGCGGCAGCUGGGUCUGGAAAGGACUCCGUGCAGCUGUCCUGGGGGUGCCGCAGGGAGGGAACAGUCCUGCUCCCACGGAGAGCGCGGGUUCCCCUCACGCUUGCCUUUGGCCUGCCUGCUCUUGUAGGAACCUCUUGUUUGCCCAUCUCUUUUCCUUUAGUGGAAUUUAGGGUCCCUUGUUGAGUCUCCUCCGUCAUCAACAGUUCUUGGGGGGAAAAGAGCUGGUAGACGCGAAGUACGUUGAUGUAGGGUGGCUUUUCUUUCAGAAAUGUAUCUCCCCUCCUAUUGGUUCCUGAUACCCCAGAGCAAGGAAACGAUGGCUGCUUUACUGGAAAUUAAGGUUGCCAGUUCUUACAGUUGAGGUAAAAGGUUUUCAUUAUGCUUAAUCCAAAUAUGUAUCCCGGAUGAGAUGCAUACAAUGUUUUGAAUACACUACUUUAAGAAUUUGCAUUAAACACAUCAGGAUAUCUCCAAACACAACAUAUAUAUGAUAUAGCCCUGAAUCUGUAUUUUCUUUAACAUCAGAGACUGUUCAAUAAAAAACUCAUUUGGGUC